UUUUUAGAUGGAAAAUGAGAAAUGACAAAAAAGCAAUGAGGAAUAGUUUGGUUAGAUUUGGAAAAAGAUCAUCACUAAAAAGAAGAAAUGUUAUUCUCCCUCCUUCUCCACAAUUUCCUUCUUCUCCAUAUUUUUAUUUACCUGAAAACAACGAAAUUUUAUUACCUUCUAAAUUUAUGGAAAAUUUAAUUUCGCCUGAAAUUUCUUCAAAAAUUUCAUUAAUUCCCAGUGAUUCUUUAAUUUUUGUUGACAAAACAGGAAAAGAAAUUCAACGAUGGAAAGAAAGAAAAUAA